GUUAGUCUGUCUGUCACCUCGUCUCGCGAUAACGAUACCGCCCGCCGACAGCACACUGCACAGACUACACGAUGCCGCCGCACUCGACAUGACGGGGCAGACUGAACCUCCGAGCACCGCGAGCCCGCUGGCCGAGGCGAGCGCCGCCGCGUGGGGAUGGGAGGCGGCGCGGCGCGGCUCAAGCGCCAGCGGCACCGGCACGGCAGGGAGCAGCAGCAGCAACGCGACGUGUUCGCCGAGCACGGCGUUCGCGAGCUGCUCCCUGCCGUCCACUUGGGGCUGGGACCGCGUCCCGAGCGGGCGAGCAAGGACGAGGCGGCAAAGUGCGUAGCGAGCACGUUCACGAGCGCGGCGAGCAAGGCGCCCAGCUCGUCGUCGUCGCCCUUGACCCCGCCCCCGGGUAUCCUGUUCGGCGACGCGCGGCGGGACAGUUCGCCGCUCGCCAGCACAGCCACGCCGUCAAGCGCCUCGGCACCAGCGUCGCGGAUCACGAGUCCGCGGAGCACCACCCUCCCGCUGCCUAGUGGUGGCCGGCCCAGGCCAGCAGCGGUGCGCGCGACCACGACGCCGCUGCCGCUGCCCCGGCAACAACAGCAGCAGAGCAUUGCGAGCUCGCUCGCGGAGAUUGAGCGCCGGUUCGCGCGCCUCGAGGCCGCGACGGCGGAAGCGGACCGCGCGCGCUCCGAGGCGGAAGCUGCGCGGCGCGAGGCGCGCGCCGUGUGGCGCAGCCUGGGGCGGUAG